GUGAAUGUACCCUUCAUGGUCGUCGGUUUUGCUGGAGCAGUCCUUUUGGUGACUAUUGCGGUUAUUCUUGUGAAGAGACAGAGAGUGAUGAAUGCGACUACCCAAGGAAUUUAUAUGGGAGAAAGCAGACCUGUUGCUGAUACCACCUCUGAAAGUUAUAUGAGAGUGGAAGAAAAUAUCUACGAUGAACCUGAACGUGUUUCGUUGGAUUACAUUGAUCCUGUUGAUGAUAGCGAUAAAAAUAACUAUAGCACGAACAGGCAGGAAAGGCCACGAGAAAGAAGAGAAGAUGGGUCGAAAGAAAAAUCUUCAAUACUGUCUCUCCUCAUGACGGAAAGAAAGGAAUCUGAAUUCGAUAAAGUGGACAGGGGAUACAUAGAUAUUGUGGAAAUUGGUUCCUGCAAAGAUUCGCUUCCAACAUCACCACCACUAACACAUUAACUACAACAGCGACAACAUCUACAAUGACAACAUCAACCCUCCCACUACAAACGACAUCACAAUUAACAACAGAACCACCAGCACAAUCUCCACCAGUAGAAAAGAGAAAACUUCAAUUAACAACAGCACUUCCAAAACAAUCUCACCAAUCAGUAGCACUUGAAACAAACACCAUGAUACAACCAACUGUCGCAAAAGCAAAUACAAGCACAUCACCUUUAGAAUCAGCAAUAUAUACACAAUCAUCGACAUCUCUUGGAGCGAAAGUAACAGAACAGCCAUCAUCUCCAUUCACCGUCACAACAGAAAUAGUAACACGGCCACAUUCAGCAAAAUCAGAAACAACCAAGCUAUCAUCAAUAGCACUGAUGAAAUUAGCGUCAGACACCCUAUCAGAACCAAUAAACAGGACAGAUUCAACCACACUACAUAUACCACGGACGAGAAAAAACGUAAAAACAAAGACGUUUUUGCAACCACAACCUACUACAACAGGACAACCAACGACAACAACAGUCGCAACAACAAGACAAACCAAUUCAAAACCAUACAACAUAUGAUAGAUAUGUUAUAUUUCAUAUUUCAAGACUUAUGAUACAUACAUCUGUGGACGUCUAUGUAUACAAUCAUUAUGAUAUGUGCGUAUAUACAUGUAUUACAUUUGGCUUUCCCUUACUGUUCCAGAAAUAAUUUAUGUGAAUAGUGUAGAAAAAAUAUUUUCAACUGAAAAUACAGUUCCAAAUCAUCAGUAUUAUCAUCAUUGAUAAAAGACAGUAAUGAGAUGGUGGCAAAUUGGUUUCUUUGGUAAAUUGUUCUCGAUAAUAUUUCUAUCUGUGUGCAAACCUAUCGCAAUUUCCACUUCUGUCAAUUGUGUCUUGAGAAGGAAUUAAACAACGAAAUCCAUGACAGGGGAAUGGAACAAGAAACUACAAAUAUUAAGAUUGGUCUAGGCUUGACAAUUCUUAUUCUUCUGUUUCUGUCAAUCUGUAGAAGGAUGAUGAGGUCUAGAUAUCACUAGUAGGAAAGACAUCGUUGGAAAAUUGCAAGGAAAAAUACUUAGUUUUUCCAACAACUUCUAAAUUCUCUGCGGUUUUUUCCUAUAAUACUUUUAUCAACUAUCUGCUGAAAGUCCGCUGUGACAAUAGUAGUUCUGGUGCGUAUCAGAUGACACAUUUGUCAUUGGUUGGUGGAUGCAAAAAAAGAUUUGGUUUUGGAAAAUAUCCCACAUUGUGUAAACUGACAAGGAUGAACAGUGGAACACACACAUAAAGGUUUAUUUCCUUGUUUUUGUUUAUUACCUGCAUAUAUUCAUCCCUUUGUUCUCUGGUUAUUAUUGGUCAUUAACGACAUAUUAAAUUCAUAAACUGCUCAUGAAUUGUUUGUAACAUUCUUGGCUUUUACCAUUAAAUUUAUCACUACUUGAUAUAAUGUGGCAUUCAUCAUUUCACUGAAUGAGUCACAAACAGAUUCUAGUGUACAUGUUGGAAUUGUGGCAGAGGUUUU